AUGAGCCGCGGUCGCCCACAGUCCGCGCUCUACUACCAGAUCGGCGGCUAUCUCGCAGACUCCACUCACUGGUUCGGCUACGACACCCCCAAGCUCGUCGACGCCUUCUGGCAGCUCGAGCCGGGCGGGAUCGACCUCACACUCGGCAUCGUCCCCUCCGGCGCCAGCUACCUGCUGCUCCCCCUCGACAGAUGGCCCGCCCUCCAGCGCGCAUACGGCCUCCGCACGCCCCACAAAUCGCGCCCCGCCUCCGCCUACCUCUCCCUCAGCCCAAUCCACUUCGACACCCCGGCCGCCUUCAAGAAGAAGCUCGACUCUCUCCGCCCCAAAAAAACAAAACAGCCCACUGACACCAGCCAGGCCAACAAGCGCUACGCCAUCGGCCCCAAGGACGGCGGCGCGCCGCGCGCCGCGUUCGAGCACUCCAGGCUCCUCCUGCGUGCCCUGCGCGCAGACUUCGACGUCGCGCCGUACGGCCUCGCCCGCGGUACGCAGUGGGCCGACCUCCAGGUCCUCGCGCUCGCCUUCAACCGCUGGUCCAUGGGCACCCAGCUCCUCGACCUCGGCUGGACCCGCGCCCGCCUCGGCGCCGCGCAGCUCGACACCCAGUCCGCGGUGCACAUCGCCCUCGCAGAGGGUGCGCACUUCGGCGUAGAGAAGCGCAGGAAAGCGGCGUUCAAGCACGGCGAGGCCGAGACGAUGGGCGCGCACGCCGCCGCGGCGCGCCUGCGCGACACGCUCGCAGAGAUGCGCGCCGCGCCCGUGCUCCUCCUCGUGCACGACGAGCCCGCCGCGCGCGCUGCGCUCCACGACCUCGGGAUCGAGACGUCCACGUGGGCUUCCGGCGCCGACGCGCUCCUCCGCGCCGGACUGGUCAAGCACGAGGCCGACCGCCGCCCGCCGUACCGCGACGAGCGCUCGUACGACAGGCCCUCCCACGACUCGCGCGCGCCCUACAGAAAUGAAGACCGCGGGAAUGGCAGGCGGGACGGCUAUGGCUACGACUACGACCGCGGCCGCGACCGCUCCUACGCGCCGCCGUCCCGCAACGACCGCGCCCCCGCGCGCCGCUCGCUGUCUCCCCACCGUGACCGUGACCGCGACCGCGCCCGCGACAGACGGGACGACCACGCUCGCGAGCGUGACCACUCCCGCUCCGACCGCGCGCGGGGCCCGUCUUCCCGCUCCCGCUCGAGCGAGCGAGACGGGCCCGCGGACGCGGGCGGCGGGGUGUACGUUGUCGACGUGCACGUGCUGUUCGACGCGCUGACGCAGAAGGCGCGCACGCGGCGCACGAUCGGGGCGGACGCGCGGGACGCGGGCGUGCGCGAGGCGGGCGAGGGGGAGUGGUGCGCGGGGAACGAGAGCCGGGUGUUGGCGGAGCUGUGGUACACGAUGGCGGCGGGCGAGGCGAUCGACGAGCAGCGCGCGGCGCGGUGGCCGGAUGGCCUUGGCUCGGGGGGGCCGGCUGCGGCUGGUGGUGCUGGUGGUGCUGGUGGUAGGUCUGGGGACGCGACGGACGACGUGGACCCGAACGACGUGGACCCGAACGACAUCGAGCCGGCGCGCAACGCGGCGCUGACUAUCUACGACGACUUUGACCUGCACGACUCGGAGGAGGAGCGCGGGGACGCGCAGUAUCUCUACUGA